CUUCUUCCUGUCAUCCUUUGCAAACACAGUGAAUCAGGUUGGCAAAUUUUGCGCUCCCCGAGUUGACCCCCCAACAUACGCACACACGCAAAUAUAUACAUAUGCACACGCAUUGCCACCCGCAGAGCUGAAAUGUAUCUUCCCUAAAUAGCCACUUAACCACUCCGCACUUUCACCGAGACGAAAGGCAAAGCGCACAAUUUUAGCCCUCGUUGCUCCCUCCCCCUUUUGGCCUAAAUGGAAAAUGAAGACUCCCUGGACGGUAGCACCAGCAGUGAAGAGGACCCCCGUGAGGAGAAAGCAAAAUAUGACAACAACUCCGCAGGAUGCUGCUUCACUUUCUCAAGCGAAGUGCUCAAACUGAGCGUCAUUUCGUAUUACUUCUGGACUUCCUUCUGCUACAUAGCUGGGUCAAUCACAUUUAUAUGUGGCUACACAACUUCUUCCUUAAGAAUUCAUGAACAAAUUGUAUGUGCAGCUUCAUCCAACGUGUAUGUCUUUUCAUCCUUGUGGAUGCUUAUUGGCAUGAUCUCUGUGGCCACGUGCAUAUGCUACGCCAUGGCCCUGGACGGGGAAGGCAAUCAAAUACACGCGAGAAAAAACUCCCCUUUAUUUUUGAACAUCCUGGGGAUCCUGUGCAAAACAGUCCCCACCAUUGUCCGCGUGAUUCACAUUUUCAAUUUAUUUCAACUCUACGUGAUGACCCUCGAUGUUAUGAUUUUGCCUGAAUGCAAUUCCUUCGUUGUCCGUUUUGUUCUGUUCAUUGUGCAUAUUUUCUGGUGGACGAUUGUCAUUUUGGGGAUUGUCUCCAGGAGGAAGAUUUUCCUGCCUCCUCAUUUGUACAAGCCGAUAACAAACGACGUGGGGUAUAUUGUUCAUGUAAAUAACUUGUUGCACUCUUUUGGCUUAUAA